UAAGAUAAGAUUUGUGAAGGCGAGAUAAGAUAAGAUGGAUGAGAUGCGCAACCUUGAGCACCUUUUUGAGACGUCGGAAGCCGAAGAUCCACGCAUCCACCCUGACGAACGUGGCAGAAACGAAAGACGAGACAAAAGGAUUGAGCCACGACUGCAACGAUGGCGCUCCGUCCGUUUGCUUCCGACAAGGAGCGUCAGAUGACCUUCCGCCUUUAUGAAAUGACCACCAGGAAGGGCGGGAGUGUCCUGCAGCAGGUCCUGGAGUGGGGCACCGCCAACAGGCAGUCGGGUCAGUCUUUUGCCGAUUAUCUCUUCCUCGUGAGGAAACUCCCCAAGGGUCCUAUGCGAAAGAAACUCAGCCCCAGUCAGUGGAGGAAGAUGGACGACCACAACUUGGACGGUUUUGACAUAACGCUGCUGUACUUGUGCAUUCAGUAUGGCUGCCACGGACUCGCUCCUCCUGGCGACCAAAGGUGGGUCGAUUCAGGAGACACACUGGAGUACAACCUGACUUCGGUCAAGAAUUUCAGAAAUUCCUUCCUCCAUGAAGAGUUUGAAGUUGAUGACAGCAACUUUCUUAACAAGACGGAGGAACUGAGGAAUCUGCUCAACAAAAUACUCAAAAAAGCAGCGGAAAUAUACAACAAGGAUCAACAGCUCCUUGACGACGUUUUGCAAACACUUAGCGACGAAAUCAACGUCAUCAGAGACGAGUCGCUGGAUUUGUCAGGAAGAAGCAGCUUAGACUUUGAUAGGUUACGUCAGUAUGUGAAUAGCGAAGGUAAACUAGAAUUAAAGAGGAGAUACAGGGAUAUGUCAAGCAUUGGGCCAGUGUCAAAUCUACUUGAUAAAUACAUAAAAACAAAAGUACGAAUAGACAAGGUAUUUACCAAAAUACUGAUGAAAGAAGACGAUACCCAAAUUUAUCUCGAAGAUCUCCUUGCAUUGGCGGAGAGGAGGCAAAACCAGAGCCAAGCAAGCAGCACCGCCUUGCUGGUCGAAGGCCCUGCUGGCGUCGGCAAGACAACCCUCACGAGAAAGAUGAUCAGCGAUUGGGCCUCAGGGGCUAGCUCUAUGGAGAAGCUUCAAGACUAUGAGUUUGUCCUUUUGGUCGAAUGCAGAGCGAGAGAAAUACGUUCCCUCUCCGAACUCCUGCAGUCUCUCUUACCAACAGCGAGCAAGCAAGUCCGAAAAGAAUACCUGGUUGAAUGCAUUCAGGACAACAGGCUUCUGUUUAUCAUUGAUGGUUUGGAUGAGCUUAACUCAUCCUCAGAACAAGUGUACAGAGAGAUACUGAAAUUAGGAGAAUCUCACGGAGAUGUCACUGUCCUGUGUACAACACGACCAAACAAAGUACUCGAUUUCAAGAGAUAUGUGCCAGACAACUUUAACAUCGUCCAUGUGCAUGUUCUCGGGAUAGCUGAAGAUGACAGGGAAGAAUUUGUAAACAAUUACAGCCAGGCUCUUGGGAUCACAGUUGAGGAAAGAGACAUCACUGGCCUUCUUCGCUAUCUGAACAGGAAGGAGAGUCGACUGCAAGAUCACUGGCGAUUCCCUUUUAAUCUUGUCUUUGUGACAGUCCUGUGGCUUCAUGGCCCUGAAGCGGUGAACAGUAUGACUACAGCGACGGAACUUUUCUUAAAGACACACGAGAUGUGUCAGAGGAAAUUAAGGCAGAGACUGUUCGAUCAUGAAAAGACUUGGAAAUUGGACUUCCCUGAAAUGAAAGAAAAGAUGGAUAAAUUUCUUAAGAAACUUUAUGAGGAAGCCCUAAUUAACCAUUGCUGUGACGACACCGUGCUAUCCAGGACCUCUGUAGAGAGACUUAGGGAUACCUGCAACUAUCUAGAUUUACCUGCCGCAGAAAUUCUCAGCACGUUCUUAAUCCAAGCAACGUCACUGACAGAAGAAGCCGAAGAGAAGUAUAGUUUUCCCCACAAAGGAAUACAAGAUUUUUUCUCAGCACUUUACGUCAUGGAGAGUCUCAUUGCUGACGACCUGGACAUCCCUAGAAUCAUCUCUGGCUUUAGGACUGUCCUCUCCAGCAGCAAUGUGCCACCAAGGGUUAGCCAAUGCAUUAUACAAAGAAAUCACGAAAUUUUAAACAAAUUGAACCAUAACGCUAGUAGAACAGAAAGCAGCAUCAGGAGCGUGCUUGAUGCGACUUUCAAAGACGCUGCGAAGUACAGAGCACGGAGGGAGCACGCAGCUGAGCUCGACUUGGCCAAAUGGCAGAACAUUCUAGUGCACCUCAUGGGCCUCCUCUACUUGGAGGGCAGAACCAUGGGGGAAGAAAGGUCUGCCGAACUGGUGGCGCUGCUCAAGGGGGCUGGCGUGGAAGGCAGAUCCCAGUGGCUGAGCUUAUUAUCCGAAGUGAAGUGCGAAGCAACAGUGAGCAGACAUGUUGCUCGGGUGAUGGAUAUGAGGGGCGUCGUGAGAGUGACGGACUGCCAUGUUGCCGCGUACGCCAGCGUCUUACCGCAUGCUCAGCCGUCGAGCGUCGAGGUCCACGUCAGCUGCGACCCGCGGGAUGUUCCGCGGCUGACGGAGCUCCUGACGGCCAUGAAGGGGAAGACUUGGGCCACAAAGAUGGAGUUUCAGCAUGACUUCCGACAUCCCAAGGCCGGCGGCAGCGUCCUUGACGAGCAUCUUCGGCAGAUUUUCCAGCAGCCGCGCGGUGAAGUCCUCAAGUUCAAGGGCCAACUCAGCGCGGCCGCCGCCUCGGCCCUGCCCCGCAGCCUUCAGGAGCUCCAGCUGGUCCUGCUCGACGACGCCCACUACGACGCCCUGCGGCCGUCGCUGUCGUCGCUGCCGCGGCUCAAGGGCCUCCUGCUGCACGUGGCGGCGGGGGUGAGCGGGGCGGCGCUGCAGCCGCUGCCGCACGUCGACCACCUGGGCCUCAUCUUCGACCACGUGGGAGAGGACACCGUGGAGUGGGCGAGCGGGGUCGCCCGCAAGCUGCAGCCUGGAAAAGGAUACUUCCACCUCCUCUUCCCCGGUCUUGGAAAAACCCUGACCGCCUGCUAUAGACUCCUUGAAGAGCUCUCUCGCUGUGGAGUCCGGGUUAGGAGGUCGGUGCUGGUGUCUCCGGCGGUCGCGCAGGCAGACUUUGUGGCAUUGAAUUCCAUUUCCCAACGCGGGAUUGGGUGUAAAUUCCUUGCUGACGCCGAGGAGACAGUUUGGCGUGACUGGACAUCUAUGGCAUUCUCGUCGUUGGCCCUGUGACCUGUCCGUAUCCAGGGGUUUUACAUCAAAGGCAAAAUACUCUACUCUGUAUCUCAACUUGCAGGGAAAAAUACAGUACAUAUACUUCAGGCUUGUUGAAAGACAGGACAACGAUUUCGAAACCAUCCUGGAUGAAUUCUACGGAAAUUCGCCAAUUAAACGGAAACAAAAGACGACCGACGGAUGGUGACGUCACUACGGAUUUUUUUCCCGUAGGCUGUGUUUUCUUUGACUUCAGAUGGUAUGAUGCAAAUGAAAAGUAUUUAAAGCAAUAUCAAAAUAUUUUCCCAUGUUCAAAUAAAUUCAACAUACGAAUUGCAGAAACCAUCCUGGUAUGAACUGAUAUGAUGUGCCGGACCGAAUGUGUAUCAUGGCGUAAAUUUCAUCCGAUGUCACUUCAGCUGGGUCUUCCACCUGGUCAUCACCCAAGGCAGAGCCACAGCCCCAUAGAGUGACCACCUCCAGCCCUGCAACACAUUUACUUUGAAUAGUCAUAUACUUUUUAGAUAAAUCAAGUUUACAGGUUCAAUGUUGCAUUUUCUUAGGUUAUACAUGUAAAACAUUUUCUAUAAAGAAGCAUAGGUGCAUUUUAUGCUGUUGAAAGUUGGUACAUUAUUAGCUGAGCAAUGUAUAUAUUGUAUAUUAUUUUAUUUUGUGCAUUGCAGUGAACAAGAAAGUAACUAUGGAAUUCUAUAAUCAUCAGAAUCUGACCUCAUACAUUGUUACUGUAAUAUUUAUCUGGCUCAAGUGUACGGCUCAAUUUUAUUAUUCAUAUCCGUUUUUAUAUCAUUUAAUGUUUAGAAAACGGAAGAAAUGCUACUACGGAAAAGCAGCUAGUCCUGUCCUGGAUUCCAGCUUCAAGUGUGAAAAUAAAAUCUUAUUUUCUGCAAGAGGUUAUGUAUUGUAUGCUUUGUUCUUUGCUUAAGGCUAUUGUGGAACUGUAUAUUUUGAUAAAAUAACACUUUGUUAGUGUUUUCUACUUUGACCUGAUUAGUAAUAUCUAAAUUACCAAGUAAAUGUGUCCUGAUAUAAUUAAAUAACAAUGAAAAUUUCUGGUGAAACAAAAGUUGUAUGUAUAAAAAGUCCAUAUAUUUCCAUGUAAUAUUUGUACAUAAUACGAGAUUAGCUUUUGUGAAUGACUUUACAGCUUUUGAUGAAAUCCAAAGGAAUAUAUUUGUGAUUGACGGCGUC